CAGAGAAGAAGAUUAGGUUGCUAACCCUUUGAACAAAAAAAACACGCUAAUGGAUUAUAAUUUCUAAUCAAUAGCUUUCAGUUACAAAUGAUAUUGUCAACGCAUUUUUUAUCCGGUUAUUUUAGUGAAACUCUGUUGAUUGUAAUGGUGAUGUAGGAGUUUGCUGGAUUGUAUUAGUCGGGACGUUUUAGCGUUAGCAGCUAGCUAACGCGGGCUAGCUGUCCGUAUCGUGUAAUAUUGAUAAAUAAGCCAACUUAGUUUUGUUUAGUUGAUAUAGUAUUUCUUUUUUUAACAACCACAAAGAGCUUCAGAGGAUGCUGGCCACGGGUGCAGUAGACCGGGAGAAGAUCUACCAGUGGAUCAAUGAGCUGUCCAGUCCUGAGACCAGAGAGAAUGCUUUGCUCGAGCUCAGCAAGAAACGCGAGUCUGUGCCGGACUUGGCCCCCAUGCUGUGGCACUCCUGUGGCACCAUCGCCGCCCUGCUGCAGGAGAUAGUGAACAUCUACCCCUCCAUAAACCCACCAACACUUACAGCUCAUCAGUCUAACAGAGUGUGCAAUGCUCUGGCUCUGCUGCAGUGUGUCGCCUCUCACCCAGAGACAAGGUCGGCCUUUCUUGCCGCUCACAUCCCUCUCUUCCUUUACCCUUUCCUGCACACUGUGAGCAAAACACGGCCGUUUGAAUACCUGAGACUCACCAGCCUCGGAGUCAUAGGUGCUUUGGUGAAAACAGACGAGCAAGAAGUGAUUAACUUCCUCCUCACCACUGAAAUCAUCCCACUGUGUCUCCGUAUUAUGGAAUCAGGGAGUGAACUCUCAAAGACGGUUGCGACCUUCAUACUGCAGAAGAUCCUGCUGGACGACACGGGGCUGGCCUAUAUUUGUCAGACAUAUGAACGUUUCUCUCACGUGGCGAUGAUCCUCGGGAAAAUGGUUCUGCAGCUCUCUAAAGAACCAUCAGCUCGUCUGCUCAAGCACGUCGUUCGCUGCUACCUUCGCCUCUCAGAUAAUCUCAGAGCCAGAGAGGCCCUGCGUCAGUGUCUGCCAGACCAGCUGAAGGAUAGCACCUUCGCUCAGGUGCUGAAGGACGACACCACCACCAAGCGCUGGCUGGCUCAGCUGGUGAAGAACCUGCAGGAGGGUCAGGUGACCGACGCUCGAGGAAUCCCCCUGGCUCCGCAGUGAGAACAAAUAUGCAGCUGGCAGUGGACACGAAUGGACUUCCAUCACUGUCUAGAUUUUUGUAUUUUUGCCAAAUGUGGUGCUAAGACUCUCUGCACAGUGAAGGACUUGAAAAUAGAAGAAAAUAUUUUUGCUUUUUUGGCUAAAAGGAUUUCUUUCCAUCACUUUUUUUUUUUUUUUUUCCUUUCCUUCCACACUGGUUAUUCUCAUACUAUCAACUUGUGUUAUUUUCUUUUUUUAGAGCCCGACAGAUUUUUGAAGCCAGCACUGAUAUUUGAGAACAAUUUAAAUCCAAUAAUGAUUGUAUUGGCUGAUAUUUACUUUAAAAAAAAAAAAAUCCCUCAAAUUUAAAGAGUCGUCUGUUUUUACAGCUGAACAAUAAACUUCAAUAUCAGAUGUGACAAAUAGUGAAUAUUGCAUAUAGUCGACACUGCUGAAAAUGGACUUAAACAUGCAAAAUGGCCAAAUGUACAAUUUACUGCACUGCAUAUCUGUCAACAUAUAGGUCAGUACUGAUGUAUCAAUGAUAAACCAGCCUUUAAAGUAAUGGUCAUAUUCUCAUUUUUUGGGGGGUUAUUAUCACUGUAACUUUCUGUAACAUUCCUCUUCAAGCAGUUAACUGUUCAAUUUGUGUUGGUUUGUUUUGCUUCUCGCAUUUCAAAUAAGACUUUUUAAUCUUCUA